CUCAAUUGAGAUAUCAUCACCGGUGCUAGCUUAACGCUAAGUGGUGGUUACAUACUACUGUUAUUUUGGAUUGACCAAUCCAUGUUUGACUAAAUAUUUUCGGUGUUAAUUGUUAUUUGUAACAAUUUUUCAGCAAAAAAUGACUUCUCAGAAUAAUUUUAGCGAGGAACAAAUAGGUAAAAGGUUGGAUCGCUGCGUUUCUGAUAUAUUAAUAAAAGGAUGUGGAGGCGUUAUUGUUGGAUCUGCUGUAUCUUUGAUAAUUUUAAGGAGACGAGCAUGGCCUGUAUGGCUCGGAGCUGGAUUUGGAAUCGGCGCCGCUUAUAGAACGUGUGAAAAGGAUAUAAACUCCUUGAAAUAAAUGUUGUUUCUUUUUAAUUUAAAUAAAAGAUUUCAUUGAGUAAUGAUAAUAAUAUA